AUGGCCCAGACGAACCCAACCGAGGCCGAGACAAUAGAGCUCUUCAAAGAUCUAGAGCAAAACUUUCCUUCAGCAUCUCUCGGAAACGACAAGUGGUACAUCCUAGCCAUUGCUGCGAUCUCAGCUGGUGGCCAUCCUGGACAUGCCGCAGAUCUCUACAAAUAUCUCUUAGCGAAACCCGAAUUCAACACACCAGAUGCCCGGAAAGCUCUAGUCAGGAGACUAAGGGAAGCGAUGAUGAAACUUGUUAGUGUAGUCGGUGUUCCUAAACCGCUGGAAGCCAUCUUCAGUAUUGGUGCGAUUGAGAGGGAGGAAGAUAAAGAUUACAGCUUCUCGAGACAAGGUUGGCAAUCAGGUCCAGAGAACAUCGCCCGUGGCAAGAAUUGGCUCAAUCAGAUCUAUCAGCACAAUAUGGCAUCGAAUGAGAAUAUGAUGGCUGCACACAAGGAUUUUCUUUGGGUCUCGGAGGAAAUCACCUACGGCUUGUAUCUCUCCGAUCAUACAAUUCUGGGACCUGUGGAAACUGAACUCGUCGUACUUUCUGGAAUCAUGAUGCAGAAUUUGCCGAGGGAAACGGGAUGGCACUUGAGAGGGACUAGAAGGAUUGGUGUCAGUUCAGAAGACGUUGAGAAGGUGCAGCAAUGCAUUGAGAAGGUUGCUGCUUUCUGUGGACUCAGUUUGAACCGUGUACCAAGAGUGCAGGAUAUCGAGCAUGAGGUUGCUUUCCAGACUUAG